GUGAAAUAGAAAUUCAGUAGCCAACACUGCACUGUCACUUCAGAAGGCGCUCCGUAAAAGGAAUUGCGAUGGCGGGAAAAUUUUUCACCCUCGCUUUGGGCGUGGUCCUAUUCGGUUUUGCGUCAAGCGAGACCCUCCAAUUAGACGACAAUGUGCCUGAGGAGCAGCCAAUCGAAACGCAAGUACAAAACGUUGAAAAGAGACGGCUGGAGACACCCGAAGUGGUUCUGCAGUUGAAAUACGACGGCGGCGAAUUGAAUAGGAUAUAUCUCGCCCAGUUCAGAAAGGGGAUGGAUACGUGGACACCCUCAGUGCCCGCUCGCAAGAAUCUGUGUGCGGACCUGUGCCACGCAGGAUUGGGUGGAGACGUCUGCGGCGCUGCCUGCCACGACCUCAUACCAAUAGGUCUGCAGAGUGCCUUGACAGACACCGGCAAUGCCACUGACGUUGUCUAUGGACAUCCGAGAUUCGACGUGUGCCCCACACUGUGCGACAACUACCUUGGCGAUCCACUUUGCAAUUGUGCUAAAAAGGAAGACGAGAUUCUAGACAAGAAUGUGGACUGGAUCAGAAUAUGCGCGGCUUUUUGCGUUGAAGAUCAUUACGUGCUUGGUGGUUGUCCACCAUGCGAGCAGAUUACCACACUAAUCCCCACCAGGUCAUUAGGCACCACACGUACCCUGAACACUGCUGACGGCUGGUCAGCCUGGUGUGACGCACAAUGUCGCCAGGGGCAGGGCGGUGCGGCUUGCAACUGUGAUCGGACCCCAUUCCAGUAAUUACAGAUCAGUAAUCACAUCAAGAUGUAAUAUUACAAGAAUCACUCGUAAUAUAAUGUUACAAAUGAUCACCUGUAAUGUUACAAUUGGUCACUCGUAACACUUACAUUACAAGUGAUCAAUUGUAACAUUCACUUGUAAUGUAACAUUACAAGUGAUCACUUGUAAUCUAAUGUUACAAAUGGUUAGUUGUAAUGGAAUAUAACAGUUACAAUAAAGAGAUUACAUGCCAACUUUUAACGUUCAAUUGUAUUGUAAUAUGUUAUUUUGACAACAGAAAUUAUUGUAAAAUAUAAAUAUGAUCAAUUUAUAUUACAAAGUCUCUAUUAUUUCAUUAAAUGUCAAAUUUAAAUAAUAUAAAAAAUAUAAAUGGAAAGAACAUAUAUUUAAAUAUAUAAAAAAAGUUUAAAGAAAAAAGUUAAGUUUAUUAAUAUUCAAAUAUAAUAUAUUACAUUACAAAUGAACAGUUCACGCCUAAUUGUAAAGGAAAUUUUAAUUCUUAUAAACUAAUAUUUUAUUGUAUAACGCAAUUGAUUUAUUAUAUAUAUGCAAGUAGUCAUAAUGUACUUUGCAAAUAAAAAUAUAUGUAUAUUAUAUAUAAAAUGUAAUUUAAUUCACCAAUAACUUUAAUAGCAAUAUUGCCGAUUUCACAGAUGAUUGUUUUGUAUUUUUCUUUUUAUUUAUAUUAUGUAUAUUUAUUAUAUAUAUUCGACGAGUAUAAAUUAUGAAUCUAUAUUUCGUACAGUAAAUGUUUAAUUUAAAAUCGGAACCACCUAAUAUUCACUAGUUAAUAUUUAACCAAUAUAAUAAAUAAUAUCUUAAUGCACUUUAUUUAAAUUAUUAAUCUUAAUUACAAUUAUAUUUCCAUUUUUUUCUAGUUUUAGAAAUAGCGUAAGGUAAGUACAUGGCUUAAAAGGUUAUAAUAUUAUUGAAUAUUAAUAAAUAAUAAACAAGUAUUUAUUCUUUAAUGAUAAAUAAUUGUAAUUUAAAUGUAAUUAACAUAAAAAUACUGUGUGAAAGACAAUAUAUAAUUGUAAAUGUUGUAAUUGUAAAUGCACUUUAUACAUUUAAUGUAACUUAGUCGAUGUUAUUUUUAAUUUCAUUUAUCACAUUAAAUUGUGUUCCUAUUA